AUGCAGACGACGAUAGAUGACCCGAUAUGGGCGUUUGAACAGGACAUGGAGGCACUCGUGCGGUCUGUGCAGCAGUAUGCGCCAAACCAGACGUUUGCGUCGUCCCUCAUCCGGGAUUCGGACGAGAUCGGCAAGCAGAUCAAGGACUAUGAGGACAGGCUGCAGCAGCACGCCAGCGCAGACAUAUCUCUGAAGAAGCACGACAACCGGCUCACGGGGGCGCUGACGGACUCCUUGAAGACGCUUGUCGAGUGCAAGAGAAGCCUGGACACUCUUCCGAAGCUGCACGACUACACAAAGACGACGGAGGCAACGGCGACGGCGACGGAGGCGAAGCUCGAUCCGGAGGACACGAGGACGGUUCUCUCGUAUGCCCUGAAGCUCUCGAAGUUCUCGAAGAUCCCCCGGACGUUUGACGGCGCCCUCUUGCCGAACAACUUCACUUGGCCCGGAGACGACAACAUGCGCAGAGGGAACCUCGCCAUAGCGUCGCUGAUGCCGAACAAGCUCAUCCAGUACGAGAACUAUGGCCCGGGAUACGUGCCGCCGGCAGAGCAGAUGGAGGUCGACCAAGAGCCGAAGGACGCCGGCCAGCAGGGCGUAGCCGGGCAGGACAAGAAGGAAGACGAAGACGACGAGGAAGAUGAAGACGACGAGGACGAUUUCAUUCCGGAAAGAACCAACUCGAUCGAGAACGUCAAUAAGGGAGAGUCGACUGCGGUCAUGGCUGGCCUCGACUUGCUGGAUUUCGACGACGAGUAA